GUAAAGCGAUAUAUAGAAAGCCAAUACAAAAACUAGGCUAAAAGGCGAUAAAGCAAAACUAGAGGGAUAUAUGCUCGCGAUUAAACAACCACAUGAAAGUAUUGCAUCCGGACAACUGGUAACAUUACCGAAUGGCCGGUUAAUCAACCACACAGGUUUGGAAUUCGGUCGGAACACCUAUCUUCAGUUAUUGUUGGCACUAUAUGUAUCAUGGAAAGAGUGUGCAACUGCAUAAUUAUAUGUACAUUCGCAUAAUCUAAUGCGUCAAGCACUGUAGAAAGAGGCUGAAGUACAGACAUGUGUUUAUGGUUAGGCCACUAAGUAGCAACCACUUAGCACUUCCUGGUUGUAGGUUGCUGGGGAUAGAGUGCUGUUUUAUGCAGUUCUUUUUCUCUAACUUACAACAACACCUUAAUGGUAUGUGUGGGUGUGUGUGUUAUAGCUUUUCUGUUUAUUUUUCAGGCACGUAAGAGGCGUUACUUUGUUCUGUGGUCAAACGGGACGUUUGAAUAUUAUUCAAGUGCUGCAAAAAGGCCCCAGGACUACAUCAAAACUGUUGACCUGUCUCACUGUGAGGAUAUGGUGGCUCCAAUAACCUUGCAAGACCGAGACAAUAUCAUCAAACUCACUGUCAAACAGGGAGAUAAAUUGAUGAAAUUGAAGAUUAUUCAACAAAAUUGGAUACAGGGCUCAAUGCUGACUGCACUACUACAGCCUUGCCUCCCAGGAAAGACCUUCAGAUACGUCCUCAAAUCCGCUCACCUUUACCCUCCAAAACCUUUAACCCAGCACCUACCACCAGUGUGCAAUCAGGGCGAGCACCCAUCCCGCCACCCAAACCUCAGCGUCCCACUGAAAUGGAUAUUCCCAACUAUGGAAUGAACGAAGUUAAAGAUUCCAUGUACUUUAUACUUUCUCCUAGUGGUCAGAGUGUCCCACAUGACCUACAGGAUGUACCUCAAGGAAUGUAUGAGGAGAUGGAAUAUGACGAAGAGGAACUGAAUCGCAAUCCGCCUCCUGUUUGGAAACCUCAACCACGGCAACAUCACGACUCAUUAUCUUCUUCCCCUUCUAUAAUAUAUUCCCGUAUUGAAGCAGGGAAAAUUGCCCCUCGCAGAGGGAAAAAUUACGAACCAUCUAAGCACAAUGUGCAAUCUAAUACUAGAAACGGAGAAAUUGGGAAAAAGAAAUCCCCAUGUCCUUUACCCACACAGAAACACGCUGAAACUCAACCUUCUCUGUCGAAAGCAGUACCUCACCUCAUCGAGUAUCGAAGCAAAACCCAAUGAAGGGUAUCAUGAAUGAUCCAGCCCUGAUGGAGAAAUUACAUGAAAAACGGCAAGAACUCUAUGGUCCAGUUGAUCAACCAAAUGGAAGUGUUAGUAGCCCUGAUCCAAUGGAAAACUAUGAAGAAGUCAGCUUUGAUUUAGCUGGCGUUGGUUCCGCAAGCAACAGUGAUGAAGAAGAGUUGCCUCCGGUUUUUACUCGUGUAACAAACAUGACUCUACCUCCACGCCGGCACAAUAUUGGAAGUGAGGUGGCAAUGAUGCAGUGCCAACCUGAGGGGCUCAAGGUUCAAGAAUACCUUAGUUUCCAGCCCUCUCCCUCACACUCCCCUCAAGGAAGUGUGACUGACCUGUCUAACAGGGAAUCAUACACCAGGGUUGGGGCUGAAGAUAUACCUGGGAUACCUCCGCGAGAUGCCGAGAGAAUGCGGAAAGGUUCGCCACAGCUUGCACGCAGUUCCAUAUCACCAACUGCACACCAACACGCUAACCCAGCAGCACCACCAGUUGCACCACGUGCACGUCCAAAACGACCAUUUGACCGCGAGAGGAGUUUGUCACAGGAGAACUUUCACCAGGUCCCACCACCCAAAUCCCAUGAAUUACAACCCCGUCCUACAUCGUCGUCGUUCGAGUCUCCUCCACCCAUUCCAUUCAGGAAUACUAGUGCUAGAGAUUCAAAACCCCCACGAAGGGACCUGAAUAGUCCUUUGCCUCUUCCCUCUGAGGUUACUGUUCCAAAACCUCCACCUAGGCGACAUCAGGUGCCAGUUGUGAGACAUUCAUCCAUUGAAUUAUGCUGUCCUCCAGUACCUGUCAGGCAUCCUAAUGCUUCUGGUGCUAGUCAAAGUGCAAGUGAGUUAAGACGUCAUAGUCCUAGCAUACCUACAGAGGACGACGCGCCUCCUAUCCCUUCGAGAGGAGCAAGAGAGAAAGCUGCAGCUUCAAAAAAUUCUGUCACAUCCCUGCAAAGACCCCAUAGCACUCCUGACACUAGUAGCAGGCCAAAUCCAACUACAAGAAUUAGACCAGCGCAUGUGGGGGAGAUUGGUGCACAGGCACCAGAAUGUGCUUGGAAUCACGGGGCUCCAACUAACCAUGAGCCUAAAUCCUCAAGUUACAGACUUCCCCCCCAAACACAUGUGACUGCUAAGCCUCGUCCACCCACCAAGCCGGCAAUUAGUGCCAGGCCAGUAAUUAGCACUAAGCCAUCACUUGCUGAUAAACCUGUCAUUAGUGCAAAACCACAGGUUAGCACAAAACCGAAGGUGACCUCUAAGCCACCAGAUAUCACCAAUAAACCUUCCAGUCGCAGACCACCAGUUAUCCCAAGAACUGACAAAACCAAAGGUCCUCGGUAUGAAUCACAAGCAAAUAGUGAAAUUCCUCCACUUCCUCCCAGAUAGAUAAUAAUUUAUCAUCACACACUCAAGGUUUAAUAUGCAAACACACUAACAUCUUUUGUAAAUCAUGACUUUCUUCUGCCCUGUUGGUGCUGUAGGCGUAAUUAUGAUAAUGGUUUUCAAUGGGA